ACCCUCACGUGACUGACAAACGGGCAAAAUGGUGGCCUCCAUUGCACAGAAAGUUGUCGGCAGAAUAAUUUCCUCAAAAAAGUCGUUUCUUUUGCAAAGACCAGAGUUGUACGCUGUUAUUUCAAAGAGAUCAAAUAGUUAUGGGAAUGUUUUGAAGGGUGACACAGUGCGCAUAGGUUGCGCUUCCGGAUUCUGGGGAGAUUCUAUGGUUGCAGCUCCACAACUGAUCCACAUGGGGAAGUUGGACUACCUGGUGUUUGACUACCUCUCAGAAAUCACCAUGUCACUUCUUGCUGCUGUAAAGAAGAAAACUAACGGAGCUGGGGGAUUCACUCCUGAUUUUGUCCAAGUUGCCAUGGCACCACACAUCAAAGAUAUCAAGAGCAAAGGAGUAAAAGUGAUCAGUAAUGCAGGAGGGGUUAACCCUGAAGCUUGUGCCGCAGCUCUUAAAACUGUAUGUGAGGCUGCAAAUGUUGAUCUCAGCAUUGCUGUGGUGACUGGGGAUGAUCUUAUGUCACAGAUACCAGAGUUGCAGAGUUCAGGAAUCACAGAAAUGAACAGUGGUAUUUCCAUGCCUACCAGUAUAACCAGUAUGAAUGCCUACCUUGGGGCAGGUCCCAUUUCUCGAGCUUUGGAUCUGGGUGCAGACAUAGUAGUGACAGGACGAUGUGUGGACAGUGCCUUGGUGCUAGCACCACUUCUUCAUAAAUUUCAGUGGAGUAUGGAGGACUUUGAUGCUCUUGCAAAAGCAAGCCUGGCAGGACAUCUUGUAGAAUGUGGAGCCCAGGUUACUGGAGGUAUAUUUACAGACUGGCAUACAAUCAAAGACUGGUCUAACAUUGGGUUUCCCAUAGUUGAAUGUGCCUCUGAUGGGGAUUUUGUGGUAACCAAACCUCCUAAAACAGGUGGUCUCGUCUCCAAGGCAACAGUUGCCGAGCAACUACUGUAUGAACUUGGUGACCCUUCCAGAUACCAGCUGCCAGAUGUAGUCUGUGAUUUCACUGAUGUCAGACUUGAGGAAGUACAAGGUCAAGAAGGUGAAGCAGUAUUUGUGUCAGGGGCAAAAGGACUACAGCCAUCUCCUAAUUAUAAGGUGAGUGCUACAUAUGCGGAAGGUUUCAGGUUGACAGCUGUCUGUGGGGUUGGUGGUCCAAGGUCAAAGGACAAAGCUCUGAAAACAGCUGAAGAAAUAUUGAAAAGAUGUAGGAGGAUAUUUAAGCAGUUAAAGCUGGAUGAUUUCACAAAAGUUCAUACAGAGAUUCUCGGCUCGGAACAUAACUAUGGUCCUAUGACAAAUCUACCUCAGGGUUCUCGAGAGUCUGUCCUCUGGCUUGCUGUGCACCACAAGGACAAAAAAGCUUUAGAGAUACUUGCAAGGGAAAUAGCACCAGCUGGAACUGGCAUGGCCCCAGGAUUAACUGGAAUUGUUGGAGGCAGACCUAAAGUGUCACCAGUGCUGAAACUUUUCUCUUUUCUACAUGAUAAACAAAAUUACAAGAUAGAUAUUAAGAUGAAUGGAGAGCAUGUUGAGACAUUUAACCCGACUAGUGUUCCUACAACAACCCAUGCAGAUACCUGGUCACCCAGUUCAGGUGAUACUGGUUCAGCUCUACCCCGCGGGACCAAUACAUACAGGCUGGAGGAUCUGGCUUACACCAGGAGCGGAGACAAGGGAAAUAACUGCAAUAUAGGUGUAGUUGCUCGUCAUCCAUCACUGGUACCUUACCUGAAAGAGGCUCUAACUGAGGCAGCAGUGGCUGACUACUUUGGUCACAUGUUUGAUAAUCCAGACCAAAAACGUGUACGGAGGUAUGAUGUGCCAGGAAUAAAUGGUUUCAAUUUUGUAUUACUUAACUGUCUAGGAGGUGGAGGUAUAGCUUCACUGAGGAGUGAUCCACAGGGUAAAGCAUAUGGACAGAUUUUGCUAGAUUUCCAGGUGAAGGACAUGCCCAACUUGACUGAUAUAACCAGUUGAUGAUUUGCGUAACUGUCAUAAUUUAAAGCUUGAAUGUUAGCUCUUACUACCAGAUGAUGAUUUAUGUACAUUACAAAUCUUAAUGUUAAGGUAUAAUUGAAGUCAGGACAGGAAUAACAUGGAAGACAGGAAUGUUUAUUGAUGAAUGUGUAAACUCAAAAAUGAUGUGUUAAAUUGGUUAACGUCUAUCAAACCGUAUUUGCAGAAUCUGUUAAUGAAUAACUAAAUAUCAAGUCUAUAUAGUGUUGUAAUUGUACAAUAAUCAUAAAGUAUAUUUCUUAUAAUAAUUGAAUCAUUUUAACAUUGAGAAGCUGAUCUCAGUCACAACUUUGAUUAACUGGUAAAUGUGUUCUAUUAUAUGUUGUUCACCACAUUAAUUACAUGUGACCUUAUUUACCUUCUUGUGCAGGAGAGCAUCCUGUUCUCAUUAACUUUGCAUAUACAUGUAGUUUCAUACAUUUAUUGUUUUGAUGUAAUUUGAUAUUGUCUUAAAAGAACUGUGAUAUCUACUGAAAUUUAUAUAUAUUAUGUGACAAUAAACUAGAUAGAAACAAAG